AUUUUAUUACAGAACGACAGCAGUAACAGACAGAUGAGCGACCGACCUGCUGCUAAUGAGAUGAAGCUCUGACAGAAUGAACAUACAUCAGUCAACCCCUUCCAUUGUCCUCAGCAUCAAUACCUCAGAUCUACUGAAGUGUUUCCAUGACGAUGAUGCAUUUAAGUAUCGCGCCUACACCUUCACUUACAUGCUGGUGUUCCCUGUGGCGUUCAUCUGCAACAUCGGGGCCCUGGUGGUCUUCUUCCUGCAAAGCAGCCGCGGUCGCAGAAACUCCGCCUCCUGCAUUGUCAUGAUGAACCUCGCCCUAUCGGACGGCAGCUUCUCCCUCACUCUGCCACUGCGAUUGGCUUAUUAUUUCAAGGAUGGUGUUUGGGACUUCCCCGACUGGCUGUGCCGUCUGUGUGUCUAUGGCUUCUAUGUGAACCUGUACACCAGCAUCCUCUUCCUCACCCUGCUGAGCGUCCUCCGUUGGAUGGCCGUGGCCCAGCCGCUCCGUCACCGCUCCUUGGCCACGCCCACUCGGACCAUACUGGUGUGUGUGGGGCUGUGGCUGUUUGUGGGCAUGUCCUCUGCCCCCUUCCUGUCCCAAGGGGUGACGACCAGGGACGGGUCUCCUCGUUGCUUUGAACCUUCCAGCCCCUCCUCUUGGAAACAUGUCCUGAUCUUAAACUACGUGGCCCUGGUCCUGGGCUUCCUCCUCCCCUUCCUCAUCCUCAUCGUCUGUUACAGCAGAAUCAUCCAGCUGCUGACAGCCCCCGCCGGCCUCCAAUGCAGCUCAGCCAACAAAACUCGCCAUCGCAACAGGCGGCGCUCAGUGCACCUGGUUACCAUGGUGACAGCCACCUUCCUGGUCUCCUUCCUGCCCUAUCAUGUGAUCCGGUCUCUGCACCUGCACGCUGUUUGCGGUCGGUGGGGCUGCGUGGUGACGGUGGCGCUGCAGCGGGCAGUGGUGGUGACGUUGUGUUUGGCGGCGUGCAACAGCGUGGUGAACCCUCUCCUGUACUACUACUCCACCAGGUCGUUCAGGGACAACAUGAGGGACGCACACUCAUCCCUGCUGUCCAACAGGGGAUCGUUCAGGUCCGGACUCACACGGUUGAGAAGAAGGAACACCACCUGACCCUGCCUUCACCUGCUGUGGCAGUCAUGGUAAAUACUAGUUACAAUUACGAAAACUGCACAUGAACGCCUCCUCAUGUUGUGUUUUUCCACUGGAGAACUGGGAAAAAAUUUUGAUCCACAAAAAUAACCUUUGAACUUUUCAACAUGGUGGAGAGCAACGAGGGAUUCAUCACGAAUAAUAAACAACACUUCUAUUAACGUUUUGCUGCUUUUAGCCAGUGUUGUGCAAGUUACUUUCAAACUGUAAUCCAUUACAGAUUUCUUGUUACUGUUAUUUAAAAGUUAUUCCUUAACUUACAAUUUUACUGUCUCAGAAUUGUAAUGGUGGUGCAGUGGAUAGCACUCAUGCCUUGAUUCCAACACCAGUCGAUGGGGGUGGGACCUCUCUGUGUGGAGUCUGCAUGUUCUCCUGUGUUUGCGUAGGUUCUCUCCAGAUACUCCGGCUCCCUCCCAACACUCAUGCACUGAUAGGUUAAUGGGUUCAUCUAAAUUGCUCAUAGGUGUUAAUGGGAGAGUGAUUGUUUGUCUCUGUACGUCAGCCCUGCGAUGAACUGGUGACUCGUACAGGGUGUACCCCGCCUUCACCCAUAAGUAGCUGGGAUAGGCUCCAGAGACCCCCGUGACCCUAAUGAGGACAAAGCGGGUUCAGAAAAUGAAUGAAGAAUUGUAAUGGAUUACAUGACCUCUGUACCUAUUACUUUUGAGUUACAUACAUUGAGUUUCAUCAAAAAAACUGGGGCAUGUGCAGCAGAACCCAACCCCCCCAAAGUCAAAUACACCCCCCCUCCCCCAAUACAAGUGACAGGAGAGCCUUGGGACGCAUACAUUUGUGCCCUGAAGGUACGUGUGGACAGAUAGCUCUUUAAGUAACACUACAGUCUACGAUGUUUGAAUCCCAGCAGGAGCACUUGCAUUUUAUCAACAUUUUCUGUGUUCAAACAGGGGGCAUGGCCGAGGACGCUGGCAGACAAAUCUGCAGUUCAUGAAGAAUUCUAACUAGUCAUAGAAACGUUAUCUUACGUUGUCAGUGCUGAUCACAGGGGUCAUGUUAACUAGCUUCUGUAAAGCAGGGUUAGGGUCAGUAAUGAGCAUACGUCCAUGUGACCAGUGGACUGUCUUCUGCUGUCUGCACCCAUUGGCUGAACACCAACAGGAAAUAGAACUUUACAGAAGCAUUUUUCAUUCCUUAAGGUCUUGCGGUCUUGCUGUUUUUUUUGGGUUUUUUUUCAUUUGAGCAGUUAAAUUAAGGGUGAAAAGUGUGUUGUAACGCAAGCGCAGUUG